AUGGCUGGUGUCAUGAACAUGUUCUCAUUCAUGACCCUCGACUUGGACGCGCUGUCCUUCUCAUGCGUAGCUCCUGCGUCGCCGGUUGGCAAGUAUGCUCUGACCACACUGGCAACGCCGCUGCUUGCAGUGGUGGCCGGCAGGACUUUGCCGCCAGUAUUGACGGGAGCCAACUGCUUCGCACCGUUGGGUCGCUGUUCCUGCUAUUGCUUAUCAGCGUCUUUGCGUCCAUACUGGCUCCUUUUCAGUGCAACCUUCAUCCCAACGGACGUCACCUGGCCUGCAUUCUCCUUGCCAGUGAUGGCAGAGGGCGUAUCAGUAGUCGUCGUUGUCGUCGCAGACGCAAGUUUGUGGGCUCAGGGUGCCGGUUCAUCUGAAAUUCGGCCAUGCCCCUCGCAUGUUCACUUCCGCCCACGAAGGUCUGACUGUGCAAGAGUAUGA